AAACCUAGAUCUGGGUUUUCUUUCUCCAACUUCAUCUUCUCUAUUAUGAUCUUUCUUCAUCUUUUUUGCUAUUUUGUCUAAUUAUCAUAGUUUUACCAAAAUAAGAUAAGGAGAGGGUAGGAAUCUUUUUAAUUAUGGUUUUAGCAAUUACCAUGUCCUCGUCAUAUCUUCCUACUACAAACCCAAAUUCUAUUGCUGAGGCUUUAGAAGCUAAAAACCCAAAUGAAGCCAUUUUUAUAUUGUACCGGGUUCUCGACAAUCCUUCAUCUUCACUAGAAGCUCUGAGGAUCAAAGAACAGGCAAUCACUAACCUCUCUGACCUUCUCAGCAAGAGAACAAAGCUAAGGAUCUUUGCACACUGCUUAUUCAUGCCUAGCCGUCUAGCUCGUCACUCCCCCGGGCUUCCCACGCGUUGGGUCUCACUACCUGAAAUGGCGGACAAGGAAAUCGUGAGAUAAAAUAUCUCAGUAAGUAAACAUGGGGGCCCGACAUCAAAGUUUAAAGCAUGCCAAAUAAUCGAUUUAAAACAUGAACAGAGCAUUUCAAGAACGGAGCGUUUCAAUAACAAAUCAUUAAUGCA